CAAUUACCGUCAUUACGGCGGGCAACCCUAGACGUACUUUACAGCCUCUAGCACCUCCGAUAAAUCGCGAACCCUCUCUGCCUAAAAUCGCUUCCGUCAUCAUCUGGGUUAACUUGUAGUCACUACUCGUAAAAAUGGAGUUGGGAUCGCCGCGUUCGCCAACUGUUCAGUUCCCCGUAUCUGGACCGACGACAAACUGCGUCUGCCCGAACGCCCCUCGCAAGCCAGCUUUCCGGAGAGAACAGCAAACUGGAAACUUUGAUACGGCCUUGACAUGCGCUAGGGAGUCGCUAGAGGUCAUGUCGGAAGAGGAGCGCCAAGCCGCCCUCAAACACCUGCCGAGGCACACACUUGAAGGCGUCUUCCUUGCCUUUUGCCAUUGGCAAGCCGGCUCCCAACUGGGUCUGGACUUCCAAAACCUUCUCGCGCUUGCACCAU